AUGCAUAUAAAUUCUCUAAAUCUUGAGGGCAAACACUACUUGCCCCAACCUAGAUCAUGGAAGAAGAAGGUGGAGGAGAGUCCUACAAAAUCCAUUCAGGAGAAGAAAAGAUCAAAAUCUCCGAAGAAGAAACCAACAAAAGAAGUCGUUGUUUCGAAACCUAAGGAAACACCUGUUGCACCAAAGACUGAUGAACCUCCAAAGGAGGUGGUUCCUUUGAAAACCGGAGUGUUCAAGAGACUCAAGAAGAUUGCUCACAAGUCAUCAAGCUCAUAUAAUAGAUCUCCAAGUAUUUCUCCAUCCAUGAUUCACAAACCACAUGUUACAAGGAAAGAUACUUCCACCACUUUACCUUCUUUUGUUACCACUUCUCUUGACACAAAUUCACCCACUUUCGAUAAUAUUCUCAACCAACCAAUUACUUCCUUAUUUUCUUCACAAUCUACCGAACUACCGGGUACUCAUGAGGAAGCACAUCAUUCAUCUGAUGAUGAUGAGAGUGUUUUUGGUGGAACCUUUGGAGAUAUUCAAUUUGAUCCUGAAGAGGAGAAUAUUCCAGACAAUAUGAUACUCACUGGGAAAAAAAUUCAAAAUCCUGAAUCAGAAGCUUAA